AUGGCGGCCUUAGCAGCUCGAUCGGAACCACCAAUCGCUCCGUUACGAGGAUAUCCGCUGGUGCCGAUAACUGUUACAGGCCAUGUCUCCCCUCCUUACACGAAGCAUCCAUUCUCUUCCGCUUAUCCAUCGCCGUACAUCUCCCCUCCCCGCGCUCCGCCAUAUCUUCCCCCACACGAGCAACCUCCGCCCAUCCCAUCCGCCGCGCCCGCGGUCUUCCCCUCCCCGCACUUCAACUCCCCCCAUUCCCCGCGGUCCCCUUACUCCCCCCGUUCCGCUCGAUCUCCGCCGACGUAUUCCCUUUCCGCCUGCUCCCCCGCCACCUCCCCGCCACUCGCUUCCCCCUUCCUCCCCAACUCCAUUGCGGAAGCCGCGCGCUCGUUUCUAUCAUCCGCCGUCCUCUCCCCCUUGGGGGAAACGAUCAUGGCGUCCGCGGUGGCGGGGGAGGGCCGCGGGGGAGUCGGCGGAGUCGCUCCGGGGAGACGCGCUGAAGCAGGCGCAAGCAGCGGCGCGGCUAAAGGCGACGGUAGGGACGGCUGCGCUGGGGGCGCGAGUGCGGGGGACGGCGGAAGGAACCCCGGAGGAGCAGGCGGAGCUGGCGGAACGGCGCUGGGCGGAGAAAGACUGGCGGGCGGAAGCGCCUCCGCUCGGCGCGCUGCGGAAGAGGAGGCGGCGGUAACAAUGGGUCCCGCGGCGAUCUUCGGGGCUCCGCUGAGAGGCGGAGCGUCGGCGGUGGCGGCGGGCGCAUGGGGGUCAUCCGCGCAAGCCGCCGCGUUACAUGCGCCUUCGUUACAAGCACUUCCGCAGCAGCUGCCGGCAGGAUCGCGGCGCUACCCGUACAUGCACACGGCCAUCUACGGAUGCGCGCUAUGCACGGCGGGGGUCACGGCCAUCGUGUUCCCCAUGGCCUUCACAGUCACGCUCGAGCUGCUCCUGGCCAUUGUCCUAGCAAUAGGAGGGCUCGCGUCACUAGCAGCGUUUCUGCUGCAGCGUUCUGCUCCCGGCGCGCCGCUCUUCCUGCUGCUCGCGUGCCUCCACACCGUCACUGCACUGCUGCUGCUGCUCUUCCCCUCCUUUGGCGCCCUCGGCCUCACUCUCGCCCUCGCAGCCUGGUUCAUGGCCAAGGGUGUGAGCAAGCUGUCCUUUGCACACUCCCUCUCCUCCUCCCACCCGCCUUCCUCCUCUCCCUCCUCCUCACUCAUCACAGCAGCAGCCGGCACUCUGUCCCUCGUUUUUGGAGUUACUCUAGCACUCUGUGCUCCCUUCAAUGCCACGUGGCUCUUUGCUCUCCUGCUUGGAACGGAUCUGCUUGUAACGGGGACAGCUGCUCUGUUUCUGGCAGCGUCUGCCUCUGCUGCUGCAUCAGGUGAGCUGCAUCCUCUGGCUCCUUCACAGGUGGUGUAA